AUGUUCACUAAUACACUAUAUUACAGACAGUAUCUCCGAGGACGUGAAGACACAGUCAGAUACAUCGUUACAAGCUUGACAGACGAAAGCUCCUCUGAGCUUUCAGAAGAGUUGCUUGUAGCGGCACCCUUAGUGCUUGAUGAUUCUCACAGUGAAGAUGACAAUAUGGACAACUGGGAGACAUGGACUCCUGAUCCCGUACAUGCGCAUAGCUUGAAAUCAAAGUCUCAGAGAACAGCAGAUAUAAUAAAUCUAUGCUCGUCAACAUCUAUGGAAGCAAAGAUGUCUUCAUUACGGAGUAUCGAACGAUUCUUGCAGACCGGAUACUCUCUCAGUUCAGUUAUGAUACUGAAAGAGAAAAUUCGAUACUUGGAGCACCUGAAAGUCAGGUUUGGAGAAACAGUAACCCUCCUUCACAAAUGUGAGGUAAUGGUUAAAGAUGUAGCAGACUCCAAAAGAAUAAACAGCAUUAUCCAUUCUGAUGAGAACAGACAUCGUAGCAAGCAGAAAUUCCCAGUGUCAUCCAUGAUUCUCUCUGCUCAGUUCUGGCCGUCUUUUAAGGAGGAAAGGCUGCAUCUUCCAGAAGAAGUUACGAAAGAACUGGAAACUUACACUGAAGCCUUCCAGGAUCUAAAAGGCAAUAGAACGCUGAACUGGAAGCCUCAUCUAGGCCAAGGAAAGAUGGGUACAGCGCAGCUGAAGAGUUCAAUUCGUUUCUGA